ACGCUACUCUUAGGGCAGUUGAUGCGUGUGGCCGACGAGCUUUAUAUAUAUGCGAUCUCAUUGGCCGCUAUCCAAUGAACGGGUUCGCGCAUGAUGGCCUUGACGAGGCCAACUUCGGAGCACCUGAUGGCAUUGCAACCAAACUAAAGACAUUUGAUGCCUUUCCAAAGACGAAACCCUCAUAUACCUCUACCAGCCGUGGCGGUGGGCUAUGGACAAUAUUUGUCGCUAUCCUCUGCACCCUCCUCACCUGCUCCGAGCUCAUAACAUGGUAUCGCGGUCAUGAAAAUCAUCACUUCAGUGUUGAAAGGGGUGUCUCACAAGAAAUGCAACUCAACAUCGACACAGUUGUCGCUAUGCCCUGCGAUGAUGUCCGGAUAAACAUCCAAGAUGCGGCUGGCGACCAUAUUUUGGCUGGAGAUUUAUUGACACAGGAGCCCACCAGCUGGGCUGCUUGGAACAGGGAAAUGAAUAAACGACGCAGUGGAGGAAGCCCUGAAUAUCAAACAUUAAACAAGGAGGACACCCUUAGGCUGGAAGAGCAGGAAGAGGAUCUUCAUGUCGAACACGUCCUAGGAGAAGUAAGGAGAAGCCGGAAAAAGAAGUUUCCAAAGGCCCCCAAGAUGAAGAAGUCCGAUGUCGUGGACUCAUGCAGGGUAUUUGGAAGCUUAGAGGGCAAUAAAGUGCAAGGAAAUCUGCACAUCACGGCUCGAGGUUUUGGAUAUUUUGAAUGGGGGCGGGCCACUAACCCUCACAGUCUAAACUUUACGCACCUCAUCACCGAGCUCUCAUUUGGGCCACAUUAUGGGCGCUUGCUCAACCCGCUUGACAAGACCGUUUCCACGACCUCCGUAAACUUCUACAAAUAUCAAUAUCACCUCUCAGUUGUCCCCACGAUAUACACAAAGUCUGGUCAUAUGGAUCCUAGUCGUCGAUCUCUCCCAGACUCAAGCACAAUAACCGCAAAAGAUUCUAAAACAACUGUCUCGACAAACCAAUAUGCGGUAACUUCAUACUCUCAGCCGAUACAACCACGAAUCGACUCUACCCCAGGGAUAUUUUUUAAAUAUAAUAUCGAGCCAAUUCUGCUUAUCGUUAGCCAAGAACGGGACAGCCUAUUGGGCUUAAUGAUCAGGCUAGUCAAUGUCGUAUCCGGUGUGCUCGUCACCGGUGGAUGGUUGUUUCAAAUCGGGUCCUGGGCCGUGGAAACCAUGAAGAAGAGAAGACGGCUCACAUCAGAUGGCUUGUUAACAGGGAAACAUGCGACCGAUUAG